UUCAAAAUGACUGGCGGCGGCAAAUCUGGCGGCAAGGCCUCUGGCUCCAAGAACGCUCAAUCCCGUUCUUCCAAGGCCGGUCUCGCGUUCCCUGUUGGUCGUGUCCACCGUCUUCUCCGCAAGGGCAACUACGCCCAGCGUGUCGGUGCCGGUGCUCCCGUCUACCUGGCCGCUGUCCUCGAGUACCUCGCUGCCGAAAUCCUCGAGCUGGCUGGCAACGCCGCUCGUGACAACAAGAAGACCCGUAUCAUUCCCCGUCACCUCCAGCUCGCCAUCCGAAACGAUGAGGAGUUGAACAAGCUGCUGGGACACGUCACCAUCGCCCAGGGUGGUGUUCUGCCAAACAUCCACCAGAACCUCCUGCCCAAGAAGACAACUGGCAAGGCCGGCAAGGGCUCCAGCCAAGAAUUGUAAUUUUAAA